AUGUUCAAGCUUGGUGCGUCGAGGUCCUAUUCUGCGCUAUCGAAGCGUACCAAUAAAGUAAAGGUACAGCUACUCAAAGAUUUCCCAAAAUUCCAACUUUACAAGGGCCAAGUCACAUCAGUUAGCCCAUCACUAAUGAGAAAUUAUCUACAUUCAAAUAAUGGGGCCCGCUACGUCUUAGCUGACAAGGAUAUAGAUCAGCAGCUGCAAGCUGAAGCUGUUCAAUUGGCAGCUCUUAGGGUCAGAGAACCGGCCAAAAAGGAUCAAGAAAAUAUCGUCAUCAGUGAACAAGCACCAGAAGAGAAGAAAUUCAAUGAAAGGGGAACAGCGGAAGAGAAAAAACAACCCAAGCUGUUCAAUAGUGGUAUCACUUUGAAAGACGUCAAAAUUCCAGGUCUGGAAAUAUAA